AACUCAACAGAGGUCUGCACUGCUCAACGUUCAAAAUGUCUGGGUUACCUAAGCUGCCUCUCUUCAUUCUAUGAGUGGAAAUGCUGGACCACGACAUAAACAUGUUCAACAGAAAACACCCCUGCCUUAGCAGAAAAGGUGGAAUAUGGGGUUUGUGUAUCCUCCUGCUUUACACCAGCCCUCUUUCCUGUUUUGCAAAUUUCAGCAAAGCAAAAGAGCUCAUCUAUAAGAUAAAGGAGGGAUUACCCAGGGGGACCUUCAUAGGAGCCGUUGGAGUAGACUUAAAUUUGGAUUUCGCUGCCGAGCCCCCAUUUUUAUUCAGUCUGUCACAUAACAAGGUCAGUGAACAGUAUGUGACCCUUAAUAAUACCACCGGAGAGCUUUACACAUCUGCUACAGAGAUUGACAGGGAGACCCUCUGUCCUGAUAACACAGAGGCACAGAGAUGCAUCCUGUCACUGGACGUGUUUGUGUUGCCUCAACAGUACUUUCAACUAGUCAAGCUUAAGAUCUUUAUCGAGGAUGUGAACGACAACAGGCCAAAGUUCCCGGUGGAUGAGAUCUGUUUGCACGUCCCAGAAAACACAGCCGUCAACGCUCGUUAUGCGGUGGAACAGUCGGCUGUGGACCCCGACCUGGGCCUUUAUGGGGUCCAGACUUAUUGGCUUGUAAAUGACUUUGGUGCGUUCACCCUGGAUGUUGAGGAAAAUGAGGGAGGUGAACUGACGCCAUUUCUCAUCGUGACAGAAGUGUUGGAUAGAGAAACUCAGGCUGAAUACAUCACAGACAUCAUCGCAGAGGACGGAGGGACCCCUCCCCUACUCGGUGCAGCUACUUUAAAAAUCAUCAUCUCAGACGUGAACGAUAACUGUCCCAAAUUCACAGAGUCACACAUUAAUGUCACUCUGCAUGGGAAUACCACCAAAGGGGCGCACUUAGCUCGUCUGCAUGCUUUUGACCCUGACCUUGGUGCUAAUGCUCAGAUCAGCUAUGCUUACAGUGAACGAGUGCCAAGGGACACCAGGAGCUUGUUCCAUUUGGACAGAAUCACAGGAGUGAUCAAGCUAGCAGGGAAAAUAGACACUGGCACAGCUACACUGUACAAACUCACCGUUCUGGCCAAUGGUCCUGGUUGUGUCCCUGCUGUUGCCACUGUUACUGUCCACAUCAUCAAAGUUGUUACAGGACCUCCCGCUAUCAUAGCUCGAUACAUCGCACCAGAGAAAGAUGGUGUGAUUACUAUAAAGGAGUCUGAACCGCCAUUUUCUCCCAUUGCUUUUUUUACUGUCAAAAAUGUUGAUUUAAACCAAAGGGUGGACUGCCAGUUGGAGGGAACUGGGCCCUUUAGGCUGGGACCUUAUCAACUCUUCAAGAACGAAUUCUUGCUAGAAACUGCCGAGCCACUGGACUAUGAGAGAGCGCAGGAGUUUGAGCUCAUCGUGGUUGCUAAGAAUACUCAAGGCCUUGUGAUUAAGACCUUUCUUAAAGUGCAAGUGUUGGAUGAGAACGAUAACGCGCCAGUGUUUCAGCAAUCUUUGGUUGAAAUAUCCGUAGAGGAGAACAAUCCUCCAAAUGCUUUUCUAACCCAGUUCCAAGCCACAGAUCAGGACAGCGGAAGCCGAGGGGAAGUUAUUUAUCUUCUUGGAGGUGACGCACCUGGAAUAUUCGUUAUAGAUCCUAUUACAGGAGUCCUAACUGUGGCUACGUCACUGGAUCGUGAAGAGAAAGAAACGUACCGGUUCAUAGUCAGAGCGUUGGACCAGGGGAUGCCUAGGAGGGAGUCUAUCGCAACUGUGGUGCUAACUGUGCAAGACCGCAACGACAACAGUCCACGUUUUAUCAAUAAGGACUUCACUUUCUUUGUGCCAGAGAACUUUCCAGGAUACGGUGAGAUCGGGGUCCUCUCCGUGACGGACGCCGACGCCGGAGAAAACGGCUGGGUGGCCCUUUCGAUCCUCAACGGCAGUGACAUCUUCAUGAUCGACACAGGCCGUGGUAUACUGAGGGCCAAGACGUCCCUCGACCGUGAGCAACAGGGAACAUACCAGCUGUGGAUCGAGGCCAUAGAUGGUGGGGAACCUGCCCUCUCCUGCAUUACCAUGGUGACCGUGCUCCUAUUGGAUGUAAAUGACAAUCCCCCUAUUGUCCUGUUUCCCCAGUCCAAUCAGUCCUACAUGCUAGUGCUACCCGAUACUCUACCAGGAACAUCAAUCACAGAGGUGUACGCUGUGGAUAAGGAUACAGGCAUGAAUGCUGUGAUCGCCUACAGUAUCAUUAAAAGGAAAGGUGGUGAGCCAGGGUCGUUUGCCAUUGACCCCAAAACAGGAAAUAUAACAUUAAAGAGGGAACUCAUCAAUCGGGGCCUGUACAGCCUUCUAGUGAAGGUCAGUGAUCACGGUCAGCCAGAACCCCUUUACUCCACAGUCAUGGUUAACUUUUUUGUCAAUGAAACAGUGAGUAAUGAGAGUUACAUCCAGAGUCUGCUGACUAGAGAGGCUGACAUCGAGGUAGAGGAGAAGCCCUGGUAUAUCGGCCAGAUGAAAGAAGGGCCUGAGAGGUACGAGCUGUUCCCCUGCCAGCCUGUCCUCAUUGCUCUUUCGGUAACGUGUCUAGGGCUGUUCUUCUUGGUUGUAACGCUGACAUCUUACAUAUGCUGUAAGAGGUCAAGAAAGCACAGGAAGAAACGAUCUGAGGUAGAAAUACCUUUGAAAAUGAAGAAUGACUCAAUGCAGGUUGUUAACAGGAAGCUCAGGCAAAUCUCAAACAUCUGAUGUCCGUACAUCCAAAUAUCACUACUGUUUACAUGAAUGUUUACAAAAACCUAUUGUAAGAAGUGUAAUUUUUAUGCAAGGUUGCUCUUUGGUUUUAGUAAUACAGUUGUUAUUACUGAAGAAUACAGUGUGUUGUAAUUUCAUGCGGUUGCCAGAACUAAAAUGCACAUAAAAUCACACUCCCCAGUCUUUUAAUGGCAAAUAACAGAUGUAAUAGAAAAACUAAAUCAGGUAUAAGUUAGUAUUAGCACCAAAGUAAUAAUAACUUUAUUACAAAGUCAUACAAAGAGCAGCUUUUUAAAGAUUACUUAUCAAGGGUCCUAUGUAAAUACUGUAUAAAAUGUUUUGCAACUUUAUAUUAAACUUUUGCAUUGGCAUGAAAAAGGAGAUAAGACAGUUUAAGGCACAACACAUUUUCCUUUCCUCAUUAUCACUUUAAACAACCUCCCUCAAAUGCCAUGGAAAUGUGACAUUUUCUUUUCUAAAAUUAAACUGAAAAGAAAACUGAGAACUAUAUAAUUUGACUGAUACAGGGAGAAUUGAUCAGUUCAUAUUUUAAACUGUAAUUCUGUUUUAUUUGGGGAGCUUACUGUGUCAAUAUGUAUUCAGUUUUAAAUUUGUACUGUACAAUAUCCACAGCAGAUCACUAUGCACACAUGUGGGCUUUACAAUGCAUUCGUGACUCAAAAAUGGAAUGUGAACAAAACAUUUUCACAAGUUCAAGGGAGGUGAGUCAUUCUCUCUACAGUGUGUAUGACAUCUGUGAGUUAUGUUUGUAAAACCUACUUUCUUCUGACGCUCGCAGAAGUUAUAUGUAAAACCUUUGAAUUCCAUUUUGGUACAGAAAAGUCACAUAUUUUUAUAUUGUGUCACAGCUUUUUUUUUUCUGUCAUAAAUCUUCACCAAACUGCAUCCAUAUCAUUCUCCUUCAUACAAACAUGCAAUUCUCAAUGUGUCUGUGAAAAGAUGCUUAGUGUUUGUGAAAGAAAAUCAAAGUAACUAUUAAAGAUGCUUUAUUUUUUAUAAUA